CUCCCCCAAUUUUUCCAGGAAACAACGGCCUUGUCUUUGGAGCAGCAGCUGAUGGCCCAAGGAAUUCUGGGGAACGUAGUCCUAGUUUGCAGAGAACCAGUGUCUUGGCUCUGUACUGCGACAUUUCCGGCGGAAGUUGCUCGGCGAGGGAAAACGACAAGCGACGAGACCUUUUUCCGCAAACGACGCUGACGGGCGCACCCGGUGACGUAUGGGGGCGUGGAUCCGUGUACCCACGCCAUUGGCCAGAGGCUUUUUGGGCAUGCGUAUAUUGCGCUUCACGGUCGUCUUCGCCCUCGCAGGGCUUUCUGGGAGUUGUAGUUCCGACUCCUGCGAGCGCUCUACCGUCGGGAGGGAGCUUGGAGGUCCGAGGCCGUCUCCCGCCUUUGGCGCUUCGCUCGGAGGAUGGAGCCCGGGCCUGGGCCCGACGCGGCACCGCUGGCUGGCCUGGUCUGGUCGUCCGCCUCGGCGUCUCCGCCGCGGGGAUUCAGCGCGAUCUCUUGCACCGUCGAGGGGGCGCCCGCCAGCUUCGGCAAGAGCUUCGCGCAGAAAUCUGGCUACUUCCUGUGCCUUAGUCCUCUGGGUAGCCUGGAGAACCCUCAGGAGAACGUGGUGGCGGAUAUCCAGAUUGUGAUGGACAAGAGCCCUCUCCCGCUGGGCUUCUCCCCGGUCUGCGACCCCCUGGAUUCCAGUAAGGCCUGCAUCCGGAGCGAGAGAUGUCCAGAGGCCUCUGUGUCCAAGAAGAAACGCAUGUGUGUGAAGCUGGUGCCCCUGGGGGCUGUGGACACAGCUGUGUUUGACAUCCGGCUGAGCGGGAAGACCAAGACAGUGCCUGGAUACCUGCGAGUAGGGGACAUAGGUGGUUUUGCCAUCUGGUGCAAGAAGGCCAAGGCCCCGAGGCCAGUGCCCAAGCCCCGAGGUCUCAGCCGGGACAUGCGGGGCCUUUCCCUGGAUCCCCCAAGCCAGCCCAGCAAGGGCAGCUUCCCUGAGCGGACGCUGUCAAGGCUGGGCUCUCGGGUGUCCACCCUGAGGAGGAAUGACUCCAUCUACGAGGCUUCGAGCCUCUAUGGCAUUUCAGCCAUGGAUGGGGUUCCCUUUACCCUGCACCCCCGAUUCGAGGGCAAGAGCUGCGGCCCCCUGGCCUUCUCUGCCUUUGGAGACCUGACCAUCAAGUCUCUGGCAGACAUAGAGGAGGAGUACAACUACGGCUUUGUGGUAGAGAAAACCGCUGCUGCCCGCCUGCCCCCGAGUGUCUCGUAACCCUGUUUGGCAUCUGCCUCGGCCUGGCGGUCAUCCCAGCGCACCCAGUCCUGGGAACCUCCACAUCACAGGCGUUUCGGACCUUCAGCUGCUGCCUGGCGGAGCCGCAGCCAUGGAGGAGGGGGCAGGCUGGGGCUGCUUGGUGAUGGUUUCUUAGGGUCUCUGCCCCUGGCCCUGCGGGGCAGGGGUCAGGGCUGGAUGGAAACUGGUGCCUUCAAGUCAUUCAUGUCAAAACUCUCUGGUGCCUGGAGGUGGCAAUGUCGUUCUCCUGGUAAUAAACACUACCCUGUCCUCGUCUGGA